AUGCCUAAGGUUGAGGUCGGCUCUGCCUCAGAUUCAGACAGGGCUGCAGACCCGGAGCUGCAGGGCUGGGACAAAGCGGCCACAAAGCGGCUCCUGCGAAAGCUAGACUGGCACUUGAUCCCCUUUAUGAGUCUGAUCUAUCUGCUCUGUUUCCUCGAUCGCACCAACAUUGGAAACGCCCGGCUCGACAACCUCGAACAAGACCUGCACCUGCAAGGCAUCCAAUACAACGACUGCCUAGCAAUUCUCUUCCCAUUUUACAUCGCCGCAGAGAUCCCCAGCAACAUCAUGAUGAAGCGAACGCGGCCGUCGAUAUGGUUGACAUUCAUCAUGGUGCUCUGGUCUGCGUCCAUGAUUGCGCAAGGUUUCGUGAAGAACUACCAGGGCCUCAUGACUACCCGGGUUUUCCUUGGCGUCUUCGAGGGCGGUCUCUUUCCCGGAGUCAACUAUUACAUUUCAGAAUGGUACUGCCGCCACGAGCGCGGGUUCCGGAUGGCCAUGUUUUUCAGCGCCGCGACCCUCGCUGGUGCGUUUGGAGGAAUUCUGGCACGAGCCAUCGCUGAGAUGUCGGGUGUCGGCGGUCUUUCCGCUUGGAGCUGGAUCUUCAUCCUCGAGGGCUUGGCGAGCAUCCUCGUCUCGUUUGGCGCUUACUGGGCAAUCAACGACUAUCCUUCCACGGCCAAGUUCCUACACGACGAUGAACGCCGAGAAGUCGAGAGGCGCCUCUUCGCUGACACCGGCCACCUGUCCAACGAGUUCAACAUGAAGUACGUGUGGCAGGCCAUCAAGGACUGGAAGAUCUACAUCCACAUGCUCAUCUGCAUGGCCGGGUUCUGCCCCAUCUACUCCUUCUCGCUGUUCCUGCCGACAAUCAUCAAGAACAUGGGGUACUCGGCAAACAACGCCCAGCUCAUGAGCGUGCCGCCCUACGUCUUCGCGUGCAUCUUUACGAUCGGCGCGAGCUGGUUUGCCGACAGGGUGCAGCAGCGCGGCGUGUUCUUGCUGGGGUUUCAGCUGGUCGGCAUCCUGGGCUUUGCGCUGCUCGCAGGCACCGCAAAUUCUUCGAUCCAGUAUGCGGGUACUGUACUUGCGGCUAUCGGUAUCUACCCUCAAAUCCCGCUCGGGAUGGCCUGGAACGGCGCGAACAUCGGAGGUAGUCUGAAGCGUGGAACUGGCAUCGCGAUGCAAGUCAUGGGAGGGAAUUGCGGUGGCAUCAUUGCGUCCUAUGUGUACCUCUCGCGGGAUGGACCACGGUACAUCACUGGCCACAGUAUCUUGAUCGGCUUCAUCAGCAUGGCAUUCUUCCUGACGCUGUUCAUGACCGUCUGGGUCCGGCGCGAGAAUGCACGGCGCGACAAGAUCGCGAACGAGGCUGGGGUCCAGGAGCUGACCGAGGAGCAGAAGCUGAACGAGCGGGAGCUUGCUGAUAAUGUGCCGUGGUUCCGAUAUACCCCUUGA